AUGGAUCGAGUUUCUGUUAUUGCGACCCUUAUCUCCGGCUUUCUGCCUGGUUGGGUGCACCGCCUAGCCAGGCACGCACAAUCAGUACCUUUGGAAUCCGACCCUGUGGCUGUUCCUGCUCCUGCCCCUGCACCUCUGAUCGUCCAUCUUUCGGACGAGUCUGUCGCCAAAAUCCAGGGUGCCAUUGAGGCGGCCUUGAACAAGAGCUUGGCACCAGUGAAGGCCAAGCAGGCUGAGAUCCUCGAGGCUUUCAACCGACUUGGCCGGAUCAACGCCGAGCGAUCGUUCACGGUCUCCUUGCAUGGCGAAGUUGUGAGAGAUGCUAACUGA